AUGAAGUUCUGCAAAACAUACCAAAAGUACAUGCAAGGGCAAGAGGAGAAGCUACCUGGACUUGAAUUCAAAAAUCACAAAAAGAUUAUGAAGAAAUGUAGAAGUGGAGGUUGUUAUUCUCCUAUCAUGAUGAACCAUAAUAAUAAUAAUAAUAAUAAUGCCACAAAAAGUUGCCCUAUUCAAUGCCCAGUUUGUGAUGGAACUUUCUUCCCUUCUCUGCUGAAUGAAGUAUCAGAAGUAGUAGGGUGCUUCAACAAGCGUGCACAACAUUUGCUAGAGUUACACCUCUCUUCAAAUUCUGGCUUCAAGAAGUACCUUCUUUGCUUGACAAGAUCCAAUCAUAAUACUAUCAUUCAACAAGGCAAAGAUCUUGUCACUUAUGCACUCAUCAAUGCUGUCGCUAUCCGAAAAAUACUAAAGAAAUAUGAUAAGAUACAUGAUUCAAAACAAGGGCAAUUAUUCAAGUCACAAGUGCAGGCUAUGCACAAGGAAAUUCUUCAGAGUCCAUGGCUUAUUGAGGUUAUGGCCUUAUACAUCAACACUAACACUAAAGACCCUACAUCUUCUUUGUUUGAUGGAUGCUGCCUCACUUUUAAGGAUGGAAAACCAUCACUCACUUGUGAAAUCUUUAAACCCUACAAAGUUGAUAUUGACUUGACUUGUUCUAUAUGCUUGGAUACAGUGUUUGAUCCUGUGGCGUUGACUUGUGGCCAUGUUUUCUGUUACACAUGUGCUUGCUCAGCUGCAUCAGUAACCAUUGUUGACGGACUUAAGGCAGCAGAUCCUAAACAAAAGUGUCCUCUAUGCCGCGAGAAAGGAGUUCAUGAAGGUGCUGUGCACUUGGAAGAACUAAAUAUUUUGUUAGGCCAAAGAUGCAAGGAAUAUUGGGAGGAAAGACUUAGAAUGGAGAGGGUAGAAAGGGUUAGGCAGGCCAAGGAGCACUGGGAAUCUGUCUGUAGGACAGCCAUGGGAAUCUAA